AUGACUUCGCUUGCUGAAGCAGCUGCAGCUGCAGCAACCGCAGGACUGGCGAACGGCAUAGCCGUCAGCUCCAACUCCUCCGCGCCCCUCGUCCCUCCCAAGGAUGCCUCGCGCUACCCCUCAACCCGCUCUUCGUCCGGUCAUACAGAUCUGAUUCCCUUGCCCGAUAUCUGGUACUACUUUUUCGGCAUAUUUGAGCCUCUCACCGUCCUAUCCGGUGCGGUGUACGCCAUCAUCUACCAGAACAACUAUCACGACGAGUUGGUACCGAAUGCUUUUCACAAGGCAUCGCACGGUAUCAGUCAUCUCGUAGCCAGCUCCCAUCUCCCCGCCGCGACCAGCCUUGCCCUGGGCCAGUUGGGAAGUUGCUACAUUCUUAUCAUGCUCAACUCGGCUCUCAUGAUCCACGCCUUCAAGGCACACUUCUCCCACGAACCCAAAGCCUUGGAGCAAGUCCUCAGGCGCUUCUUCAUCGUCCUGGGUGUCGCAGACUGGACUCAUAUCGGCUUGACCAUCUAUGGUCUACCAAGUCCAGAAGCGGGAUGGGAGGGAACUGCUGCCAAGCUUGGGCUCCUAUUGAAACCCAGCAGCUACAACAGUCUACUUGCGGGGAACAUCAUUGUCACUGCCAUUCUCUUCACAGCGCGCUGCAUGUGGUGGUUCGGCAUCGGCAGACAAGCCACAUCGAGCAGCGCCAAAGAUUCAAAGUCGCUGUGA